AUGGCGCACAUCACCAUCAACCAGUACCUGCAGCAGGUCUAUGAAGCAAUUGACACCAGAGAUGGGGCAUCCCUUGCAGAGCUGGUGUCUUUCAAGCAUCCUCAUGUUGCCAACCCGCGGCUUCAGAUGGCCUCUCCAGAAGAGAAGUGUCAACAAGUCUUAGAGCCCCCUUAUGACGAAAUGUUUGCAGCUCACUUAAGGUGCACGUAUGCGGUGGGGAACCACGACUUCAUCGAGGCCUACAAGUGCCAGACCGUCAUCGUCCAAUAUCUUUUGUCAUCAUUUCAGGCCCACAAAGAAGAAAACUGGGCACUGCCUGUCAUGUAUGCAGUGGCCCUGGACCUUCGAAUAUUUGCCAACAAUGCAGACCAGCAGCUGGUGAAGAAGGGGAAGAGCAAGGUGGGGGACAUGCUGGAGAAGGCGGCCGAGCUGCUGAUGGGAUGCUUCCGCGUCUGCGCCAGCGACACUCGUGCUGGUAUAGAGGAUUCCAAGAAGUGGGGAAUGCUGUUUCUGGUGAAUCAGUUAUUCAAGAUUUAUUUUAAGAUCAACAAGCUCCAUCUGUGUAAACCGCUCAUCAGAGCCAUCGACAGCUCAAACCUGAAGGACGACUACAGCACGGCCCAGAGGGUGACCUAUAGGUACUACGUGGGGCGCAAGGCCAUGUUCGACAGCGACUUCAAGCAAGCUGAGGAGUACCUGUCCUUUGCUUUUGAGCACUGCCAUCGUUCCAGCCAAAAGAACAAAAGAAUGGUCCUCAUUUACCUGCUUCCUGUGAAGAUGCUCCUGGGCCACAUGCCAACUGUUGAGCUUCUGAGGAAGUACCAUCUCAUGCAGUUUGCGGAGGUGACCCGAGCCGUGAGCGAAGGCAACCUCCUCCUCCUCAACGAGGCCUUGGCCGCGCAUGAGACCUUCUUCAUCCGCUGCGGCAUCUUCCUCAUCCUCGAGAAGCUGAAGAUCAUCACCUACAGGAAUCUCUUCAAGAAAGUGUACUUGCUGCUCAAGACCCACCAACUGUCCCUGGACGCAUUCCUGGUGGCCUUGAAGUUCAUGCAGGUGGAGGAUGUGGACAUCGCCGAGGUCCAGUGCAUCCUGGCCAACCUCAUCUACAUGGGUCACAUCAAAGGCUAUAUCUCACACCAGCACCAGAAGCUGGUUGUCAGCAAGCAGAACCCCUUCCCCCCACUGUCCACGGUGUGCUGA